AAUUAGAUAAGAUUAACAUUUAAAGUUGUGAAGGAAAAUGGAAAAUUUCAAUUUAAAUUUUCGCUAAAACAAUCAUGAGCUCAGAUAUAGAAGACAAAUUAACUUAUCAUCCAAUGGUUUGUGAAGAAAAAACAUUGCUGACCAAUAAUAAGAAAAAUCAGUUUAUUGCUGGAUUUUCCGUUGGUCUUGGAGGUUUAUGUGCAGGAACCGCGUUAGCUUGGACAUCGCCAGCCCUCCAAUACCUCCUGGACACUCCCGGCAACAACGCCACAAAUGACGCACCUCCAGGUUUCAAAAUAUCCGUUCCUGAAGAAGCAACCGUCGGUGCCACCUUGAUGCUUGGAGGUCUUAUAUUUGCCAUACCUUCAGGCAAAUUGGCCGACAUUUUCGGAAGGAAAUUCGCCCUAAUAUUGAUUUCCUUGCUGUUUCUAGUGAACUAUUUUCUUAUUGCUUUUGCCCAAAACGUAAUGAUAUUGGUAAUUGCCAGGUUUUUUGCUGGAUUAGCACUAGGAGGGGCAUGUGUGGUUUGCCCGAUGUUUAUUGGGGAAUUCGCCGAUGCAUCCUUACAGGGCAUUUUAGGGUCUUUAUUCGGCUUGAAUAUUCAAUUCGGAAUAACUUAUGCCAAUGUUAUUGGAAUUUUUACGAAUUGGCAAUGGAUGAAUAUUUGUUUAGCGUUUCCUGCUGUUGCAGCUUUCCUAGCAAUACUGCCCUUGCCAGAAACUCCAGUUUAUUUAGUAGCUAAUGAACGAUAUGGCAAAGCAAGACGUGCUUUAGGGUUUUAUAAAGGUUACAAUGAAGUUACAAUUGGUGAACAUUUGACUCAGCUUCAAAAGAAUAUUGCUGAAAACGAAGACAGUGGUAGUUUUAAAGAUUUGUUUACUAAAAAAUGCUAUAGACGUGCCCUUAUAGCGGGCUUAGGUGUUUUCAUUUAUCAGCAAUUAUGCGGUAUUAAUGUAGUGGUUUUUAAUUUAGUCACAAUCAUCAGAGCUGCAGGUAGUACUGUAGAUCCAUUAAUAUCAGCUUCAAUAACGAAUCUCAUACCUUUUGCAGUUGGAAUAGCUUCAGUGUUUGUAAUAGAAAAACGCUCUAGAAAAUAUUUCCUAAUACUAUCAGCUGUUUGUAUGCUAAUUGGCUCAAUUGGAAUAGCUUUGUUUUUUCAAUUAAAAAACAACGGAGUAUUUUUCCCGGGCAUUCAGGUACUACCAAUAUCCUGCGUGGCACUCUUCAUGGCUGGAUUUGCUGUUGGUAUCGGACCAGUGCCAUGGAUUUUGAUGAUCGAACUCUAUGGCACGGAAAUUCGGGCGAUUGCCAGCGGCGUUAAUAUAGCUAAUCUGUAUUAUGUACCCUUUGUACACUUGGCGCGACUGAAGACUGAAGCUGGGUUUGAAACAGCUCCAGAAGGGCGUUUCCCAAUAAAGUUAGUUUGCACUGGACCUAGUCUGUUGCGUUCAAUGCUCCCACAAGAAGCAAGGUUUGAGACAGGUCCAGAAGGGCGUUUCCCAUUGAAGUACCUUGAGGUACUCGAGAACCAAAAGCAAGACAGAUCAGUGUAUACAUUAGUUGCUGUAGGAAUAGGAACAAUGUGGACUCGUUCGGUUAGCGGGUUUUUAAAAAAUGUUCCUCGAACAGUUAAUCUCCGUACUGCUACGUCAUUGGUACCAGGCGAACCAAAAGAACCACAAAUAUUAACCGCGGUACCAGGACCAAAAUCCCUAAAGCUUUUGGAAGAUUUAAACUCAAUCAAUCAAAGCAGCUCGGUACAGCUUUUCGCCAACUACGAUAAAUCAAUUGGAAACUAUCUAAUUGAUGUCGACAGCAAUGUAUUUUUGGACGCUUUCACUCAAAUUUCCUCUAUACCUAUUGGCUACAAUCAUCCAGAACUGUUGACAGUAUUCCAAGACGACCACAAAUUGCGAGCUUUAAUCAAUCGACCAGCUUUGGGAGUAUACCCCGGCCAUGACUGGCCAGAAAAAUUAAGAAACGUCCUCUUAAAUGUCUCACCAGGCAUGCCUCAAGUAAUGACGAUGAUGUGUGGUUCGUGUUCCAACGAAAAUGCUUACAAAGCCUUAUUCUUGAGCUACAGAGCCAGAGAAAGAGGAGAAAACGUCGAUUUCAGCGAACUAGAAAUGUCAACUUGCAUGGUAAACCAACCACCAGGAGCUCCACAUUUAUCUCUUUUAUCCUUCCACGGGGCUUUCCAUGGAAGAACCAUAGGCACUUUGGCUACAACCCAUUCCAAGGCAAUCCACAAACUGGACGUACCUUCGUUUGAUUGGCCAAUAGCACACUUUCCACAAUACAAAUAUCCAUUGGAAGAUUAUGUAAAAGAAAAUCAAACACAAGACCAAAAAUGUUUGGCUGAAGUUGAAGAUCUUAUUGAAGAAUACAAAAAGAAAGGCGUUCCAGUGGCUGGUAUUAUUGUCGAGCCAAUUCAGUCUGAGGGUGGUGACAAUGAAGCAUCUCCAGAGUUUUUCCAGGGGUUGCAAAGAAUUGGUAAAAAACAUGGCGCAGGUUUGUUAAUUGACGAAGUCCAAACUGGAGCUGUAAGAAAAUGCUAA